ACUUUGGAAUUGAAUGUACUCGGGCGCAGAAGAGGACAAAAAGAUCAGAAGUAAACCCCCUGAAACCAUCUUUGUUAUAAAAAAUUGAUUGUAAAGCUAGGAUAAGAGCGAUUUUACAACCGGAUGGAAGAUAUAAGUUAACUACAGUUGUGCUUGACCAUACGCAUGAUUUAAUUCCUAGCGACUCACGCCAUUUUCCAAUGAAUAAGAGGAUUCGUACUCCUGUGAAGAGAAGAUUAGAAAUAAAUGAUGAAGCAGGAAUAGGGGUAUCUAGGAAUUUUCAUUCUAUAGUUGUUGAAGCGGGGGGAUAUGAGGCAUUAACAUUUGAUGAACGAGAUGUAAGGAACCACAUUGAAAAUGCUAGAAGAUUGAGGCUUGGGGUAGGAGACGCCGAAUCAGUUGCAUUUUAUUUUCAUAGGAUGCAACAAGAAAAUUCAAACUUCUACUCUGCAAUUGACUUUGAUGUAGAUGGUCGCAUCCGAAACUUGUUUUGGGUGGAUGCAAGGAGUAGGGCGGCUUAUAAAGCAUUUGGGGAUGUUGUCUCAUUUGACACGACCUAUCUUACAAACAAGUAUGAUAUGUCGUUUGCUCCGUUUGUAGGAGUUAAUCACCAUGGAUAGUCAAUCUUGUUUGGUUGUGGGCUAUUAUCUAAUGAGAACACGGACACUUUUGUUUGGCUAUUCAAAGAAUGGUUGAAUUGUAUGUCAGCCACUCCUCCAAAUGCUAUUAUAACUGACCAGUGCAGAGCCAUGCAAAAUGCCAUACAGAUUGUCUUCCCAGAGGCUUGACAUCGUUGGUGUUUAUGGCAUGUAAUGAAGAAAAUUCCCGAGAAAUUGAGAGGAUAUUCCCAAUAUGAAGCCAUCAAAUUCGCUUUACAAAGUGCAGUCUAUGAUUCUUUCAGAAAAGAUGAAUUUGAUGGGAAUGGCAAACGAUGAUUGAAAAGUUUAGCCUCCAUGACAACGAGUGGUUGGGAGUAUUAUAUGUUGAGCGACAUAGGUGGAUUCCUGCCUAUGUGAAAGAUAUAUUUUGGGCUGGCAUGUCAACUACACAGCGAAGUGAGAGCAUGAAUGCGUUUUUUGAUGGCUAUGUCAACUCAAAGACUACUUUAAAGCAAUUUGUUGAACAGUACGACAAUGCAUUGAGAAGUAAGGUGGAGAAGGAGACCAAAGCAGACUUCAAAUCUCGAGAUAGAUUGUAUGAUUGUUUAACGGUGUAUGAGUUUGAGAAGCAAUUUCGUGCAGCCUACACAAAUGCGAAAUUUAAAGAAGUUCAGGUAGAAUUGAAGCGACUACUGUAUUGUCAUGCGAAUCUUGUGAAGGAGGAGGGAUCCAUUUGUACCAAUCAUGUCAAGGAAGCUGUGCUUGUGGGUGAGAAAAUUAAGAAAGUUGAAUUUCUUGUUUACUUUAAUUCAACUGAAUUUGAAAUGCAAUGUGUGUGUCGGUGGUUUGAGUUUAGGGGGAUCAUGUGUGCCCAUUCCCUUAGUGUGCUCAUUGAGAGGAGCAUAUAUGAGGUUCCUAAUAAGUACAUUAUGUCGAGAUGGAAAAAGAUUUGGAAAGAGGGUACACAUGUAUUCCAACAACAUACACGAAAUCCGGGGCUGCCCUCAAUGCAAAGGUACAUGAGAACUACCACAAGACAUUGGAUGAAAUUAUAGAAAUUGCUUCCAACGAUGAUGGUGAACACAAAGCCAUUCAACUUGGGUUGAGAGAAAUCAAGGAAAGAGUAAGAAAAGAUGAAUCUCGUUGUGCGAGUAAUGUGCCACCUUCUAGUAGUAUUGUUCCACCUUGUAGCAGUAAUGUGCUACCUUGUAGUACUACUCGCAAGGUGCUUAGUCCUUUGGUUGCUCGCCGAAGAGGCCGUCCAUGUACGAAACGGAAGGUGAGCAAGGUGGACGAAAUAGUGAAUCGGUUAAAGGGAAAGAAUAAAAAGGCAACAAAAGUGCAGGGUUGUAAGAUGGGUCAAUGUGAACCUCGUAAGUUGAAUUUCGGUUGUACGGAUGGAAUGAAAAAUAAUAUGUACGAUCAGGUAUGUGUUUCAUGGUCCACUCAAUUGGUUUUGUAUGGUAUUUAUUUAAAUGUUUGAACUUAUUAAUGAUAUUUUGU